GAACUGAACAUCUUGCAAAAUCUUGCUUGAUAGCUUGAUCCUUGAUAGCAUCUACUCAGCUAGCCUGUAUCGGCUACAUAUUUUGCAAAUCUUACUUGAAUUAUUAAUUUUUAUAAAAUGGAUUUGCUUCAAUCAUUAAAGGAAAAGGGCUGGUACCUAUUGAAUGAUGCCGUUCAACAAAUCAGCGAGAAUAAUAGCAUUACCAAUAUCAAAACACUUCAACAGAGAGCUCUUGAUUUGGAUUUGCGGGAAAUUGGUGCCCCUGCUUUUCCUGAGGAUAUCCUGAAAGGAAAACUCGAGUCGAUAGACGGCAACAUAGUGGUGCAGGUGCAGAAGGUGCGUAAUGUUGCUGCACCCAAGGCCAACGAGGAGUCGCAGGCCGCACCGCGCAUGCUCAAGAUAGCCGUCACCGACGGCCACACCACCUGUCAGGCCAUCGAGAUCCAGCACAUCAAUGCAAUCAGCUUGAACACUCCGCCAGGCACGAAGCUGCGUCUGAGGAAGGAGACGGUGCCGAUGUCGCAUGGCAUGCUGUUGCUCGAGCAGUCGGGGGUCGAAGUGCUGGGGGGUCGAGUCACGCAUCUCGUCGAAAAGUGGGAGCUAAAUAGAAGUCUGGCUAAGCACACGAGAGGCAGAAUAGGAGAGGAGGGGGGUCCACCGCCGUGGAUCCCGUUUGGUCAGAAAAUCGCCAGAACUAAUUUGGCCGAUCGCAAUUUCAAGUCAUUAGACGACAGUAAGGCUGGUGGAGGCGGUGACCAGGAGUUCGAGGCGCAGCGGCAGGCGGUGAUCGCGGAGGCGGUGGGCGCUGGAGGCGGUGCCAGGCGGGUGUUUGGGGGUGGAAACGCCCGCGGUUUGGUCGACAAGAACGUGAAGCAGAUAGUAGAGCACGGUUUCAGCGCACAACAGGCCGAACAGGCUUUGCAUCAGUGUAAAAACAAUGUGGGCAGGGCGUUGCGGAUGCUACAGAAAAAGGAAGUGAACAGUGGGGGUGAAGGAAGAGGAGGAGAACGUGGUGGAGGAGGAGGAGGAGGAAGAGGAAGGAGAAGAGGAGGAGGAGGAGACAAAGAGGAUGACGGAGGUGGAGGUGGGGGUGGAGGUCCGAAACCGUCUGGCAAGGUGUCACUCUUCGAUUUCCUUGAGGAUAAAUUACCUUCACAAAAUGGCAAAGAAGCGGAGCCGCACGAGCAGCACACAUCGAACCGCGACCGCGACCGCGAACCGCCUUCCAACCGCCACCAGCACCACCGCGACUCAGGCUACAACCGCGGCAGCGGGGGCGGCAGUCGUGGAGGCGGCAACCGUCGUGGCGGAGGCGGUGGCGCGGCCGAUUUGCCGCCCCCGAGGAGAGGCGGCGGCGGCGGAGGCGGCGGCAGUGAGAACCAGAAACCGCCCCGCUUUCAGAAUCAGCAACAGCGGUACCACAACGACUCCAGUUGGGCGGGAGAUGGUGGAGGCGGUUAUGGGAGCGGCUAUGAUAGCUUGAAUGGGGGCGGUAGACGAGGUGGCUACGACGACUACAGUGAGGCGGGACAGUACGGGGGCGGAAGUGGAAGGCAGAGACAGGGAUACAACGAUCAGUACCGGAGGAGGCAGUAUAAUAGUAAUACAAAUGCUAGCAACAGCUAUCGGUCGAAUGCCGGUGGUAAUGACAACUACAGUCAGCAAUUGAUGGAGGCUGGAAUGCCCGAAAUCCCCGAAUUCCCUUACAAGGACUCGUCGUCGAUACAACCCCUCAUGGGUGCCGGAGCCGGUGCCGGUGCUGGUUUCUACACGGCCAGUGGUUUCCUGAGCAAUAGUCAACAACAACAGCAACAACAACAACAGCAGCCUGCGGUGGCAGGGGGGCAAUUCGUCACCACCCCACCGGCCCCCUUGGCCCAGUCGGGGGCGCAAUUCGGCCCCCAUCCGCCCGAUCCGCCCCACCAGACCAUAUCCUGGUGCUGGAAAGUCGGCGACAAGUGUAUGGCCAAGUACUGGGAGAAUAAUAUGUAUUACAAUGCCGAAGUGACUGGUCUCUCGAAAAACACCUGCGUCGUUAAGUUCCUAGAGUAUGGCAAUUACGAAGAAGUUCUACAAGAUGACUGUCUCCCCUUGUCUGAGGAGGGAAGAAGCCAUCCACCCCCUGAUCCGUCUCUAUACAAUCCUCUCCUUCAAAAUCACUCCUCAAAUAAUAAUCACUUUUCUGGCAGCAUAGAAUUCCGCAGAGGCGGCACCCGAGCCUACGUGGGGGCGGAAGCGGCAGCGGACAGAGGCGGCAACAGGCGGUUCCGCGGCGCCCAACAGGUCUACGUUCCGCCCGCGCAACGCGCCAAACACCAGCCUCCGCGCAAAUAGUUGCUGCUCAAACAAAAUGACGGCACUUCAGGUGAACUGAACGAUAGACGCUCGUCUCGUGUGUUUAUUGUGUCAUCAGUUGUCAGUGUACAAAGAAUACUACAUAGUUGGCAAGAGUGUUAGGGGGCAGUGCUUACAUAGAGAAAAGAAGAUCUCCUCGGUAUAGGGCCGUUCGUGUACCAAAUUUCACUGAUAACUCAAUCAAAGAAACAAGUAGUUAUUCUUUCAUCAUUGCAUUUAUAUAAUAUAAAUAGUGUCGAGAUAAAAAUAAAAUAAUAAUUCACAAUAAGCCGUUGAGAAAGUUGAAUAUGGGCUGAUCUUCAAUUCAUUCAUAAAAUCCGCAUCAUCCUUCUCUCUGAUACAGAGUAACCACGAGAAACAUUUGGGGCCGGUUUCCGAGCUUGGAUUCAGCCAAGUUCUAGACUUCAAAUUCUGGACUCAGAAAAUUGGCUUUUCGAGUCAGAGCGUUAACGGAGUUGAAGACUUGAAUAGACCUUGGAGUUUAGAGAUCACGUUAGACUCUGGAGUUUAUAAUUUCGCUUUCUGAGUGAAGGGCUUAUAAACCCGAGAAUUAUAUUCUCGCCUCUUUCCGAGACAAGGAUUUGUCAAAAAUCGUUAUGUGCAGAACUUGAAACAGCGUGAUUUUAAACCCGCGACUGAGGUAGGUUUUAAAAUAAAGUUCUGGACUUAAACUUAGCAAACACAUCUCAGUUAUGGUUUUGGAAAAUCUAAAUUAUUUGGAUUAGUACAUCUACAUGGAUUGCCUUGGAAUUUAUCUUCCAAUCUGAAUUCUAUUAAUCAAUGUUAUAUUCAAUAUCUUAAUAAUAAUAAUAUAACAAUAAUAAAUUAUUAUUCCAGUUUUUUUCAGGAUCAAGGAUCAAUGAUCAAUAAUACUUACAUAAUUAUUUUACAUAUUUUAAAUAAUAUUUUACGUAAAAUGAAAUGUUUAUUCAUUCAUGUUUCAAAAGGUUAGGUUUUGCUUUGAAUCAUGGAAGUAAGAAAACCUGGAACUGAAGUGGCAGCCUGCAGCAGCUUGGCAAACUGAGCUCAAAAGUAGACGAUAGGCCCCGCCCACCAGUGGUAUGAGAUCACUAGGGAUAGGUUGAUUGGAACAACCGAUUGUUAACGAAGUUAGCUGAUGUUAGAGUAGUAGCCACGCCUACCGGUCCGUUUCUGCUGCAAUUUCUAUUCUGGACUUCAGUUCCAUGAUUUUUUUACUUCCAUGCUUUGAAUAGGUCUUGAGAAAAUCGAAAUGUAUUUUUACAAAAUAGUUUGGAGAGCAUGCUCAUUUGAAAAGGCCCUCUUCAAUCAGCUGUCUCCCAUUGCCAAACUAACAACAAUCUAAUAUUGUGAAUUUCCCUCAUGUUUAAUGCAUCAAAGUCCUAGACUCAAAUAAGUCGAGAACUUAAUAGACCCCGGAGUUUAGAAGAUAAACCCGUUACUCAGAAAGUCGAUUUAGACCCAAGGGCUUAUCCAAGUUAUCCUGGACUCUGUAAGUCCAGAACUUAUAGAUCCCGUGCUCGGAAACCGGCCCUUAGAUUUUUGAAAUAAAGAAACUAUUAAUUUUUCAAGAUACUAUUCAACUUGAGUGAAAUAGUUGAGAGUAUAUGCCAUUUACUUGACAUAGAGUAAAUUAUGUCAGGAACUAUUUAUUCAACUUGAGUGAAAUAGUUGAGAGUAUAUGCCAUUUACUUGACAUAGAGUAAAUUAUGUCAGGAAGGUGACGUCCUUCUUCCCUGAGGCAAUUUUCUAUUCUGUUGAGGAAGCUCUUCCACACUCGUUGCAGUGUAUCCUCAGUAAUCUACGCCACCUCAGUAAGUUUUCAAGUCAUCGAUCUAAAGUGAUUUUUAUGUGUGAGUACAUUUGAUAGAGCAAGUUUAUCGACAUAAACGCUGUACUCUAGAUGGCUUGAAAGCGUACUGAGGUGGCGCAGAUCACUGAGGAUACACUGCAACGAGUGUGGAAGAGCUUCCUCAACAGAAUAGAAAAUUGCCUCAGGGAAGAAGGACGUCACCUUCCUGACAUAAUUUUCUCUAUGGCAUAUACUCUCAACUAUUUCACUCAAGUUGAAUAAAUAGUUUCUCCAUUUCAAAAAAUGUAAAUGCUUCUCGUGGUCACCCUGUAUUAAUCGGUUGAAGAACUUAGCUCCAAAGAGGGACGUUUUCCAAAGAAUUGUCUCCUGUGUUGCUGAAGUGCAUAAAUUUUUGAGCGUGUUUGACACCGAUGGUCAACAUAUUCUUCAUCGUCAAGCCCAUAGUCCUAGUAUUUAGUUUUCGGGAAGCUAUGUGACGCUGGUAGUCUCUCAUUCUCACGCUCUCACCCGGCCAAAACAGUAAUCGGCUUGAAUUAAUAAAAAUUGGCUUGAAAUUUGGAACAUAAACACACUCUAUCAUCGGAUAUGUUAUCUUAUCUGUAUGGUGGUUGCUUGUAAAGGACUUGUUUCUCAAGAUUCAUUUUCAUUGGCCAUCAGGCUACAAUAAGAGCAAUAGGCAAGUCAUUUAUACAUUUUGAAAAGUAGUAUGAUUACUAAAAAACCAUGUUUUUCACGAUUUUCUCAAAAAUGACUUGACCGAUUUUUUUCAAAUUCAUACCCAGUAUAGUUAUUUAUCAGCUCUAUCAACUGGCUUUCUGGGAAACUAAUGGGGGUCCACCCCAUCCUUGAGAAAUGGACUUUGUAGCCUCAUUCUCAUGCAUGAGGUAGGUAGGUAAAGCAGUUCAUAAAAAUAACACAUAGUCGAGAUAUUUCAUCUGUAGAACAGCUGUUUUGACGACUUUUGAAAAAAUAAUCGAAUUUCACAAUUUACACAAAGGAAAAAGUACUCUGAAAACAAUUAUAUAUACACAUAUACAGAAGUCUGAUCGUAGUUCAAGUAUGUUGCCGCCAAUCGUCAUUAUGUUAUUCCCCUAAAUUAUUCUCGUUUAAGAAUGGGGCUUACAGUUCAAUGAGCAAGGAAAGUUGUGUGAGUGUACCACACCAGAUUUUUCAUUGUUAGUUCAUCCUUAGAAAAGCAAAUUUUAUAAAAAUUAGAAGCGUUUUGAGUUUUUAUUACGGUGUGAUUAUUGGUGUUCACAAAUAACAAGUUCUGUGUACUUGUAUAUUGAAUACGAAAUUUAAUUGUGAAUAAGGACAGUUGUAUGUUUAGUUGGUUCAAAUGACAAAGCUGUUUGUUGUGAACGGGGUUUACAAAGUAAGCCCAGUGUUUACGUAGUGAAGCACGGGUGGCAUAAAAAAUAAUGCCUCGCGACUUGAAUUCCAACCUAAAGCUGUUCUGAUUUAGUUGAAGCUUCACUGUUAUAUUAAUUGAGAAAUAUUUCGGCUAGUAUUCGCUCUUCAUACACAGGGUAUGAAAGUGUUUUUCCUGAUGGAUCAUAAUUUAAUAAACUUUCCACCACAAAUUUAUACUGAAACUUGUUGUAAAUAAUAUUGUUGUUGAACUAAUCAUUAAAUGCUUUAAAAAUAACAGGUACUGUAAAAUACUAUUACAAUUAUUUAGUGCCAACAACAUCAUGUAAAUAAUUGACGUGUUUCUUUUUCAAUUCAUUAUCGAAUAAAACUAGUGAAGUGGAUAUUGUAUUGUGAAAUAACUUACUACUAUUAUUAUUGUUGUAUUGUAAAUUACCCAUUACAGGUGUCAUUCGAAUUGCUGCUAUGUUUGAAAUUAUUGUAAUAAUUUAUUUGUAGAGAUGUAAUUACAAAGUAAUGAACGACUAUGUUGAACAUAGUCCUAUAAAAAAAUGCUGUCCUGGUAAAAAAAUAUUCAAUCUUAAAAUGUGGUAUUUAUUUAUUGGUAUAAUAUGAAUGAUUAUAUAAAUAUAAUGUAUUUGCUAAUAUGAAA